AUGGCCAACUCUAUUAUUCUCGUACUCUCUUCCCUAUUAGCUUUCCUUUCUUUGCAUGCAGAUGCAGCAUCCCCAAACGACGUCGUUUCCACCGUCUGCCCGAAAACCAGCAACCCGGGUUUCUGCGCAAGCGUGUUGAAAUCCGCGGGCAGCCCGGACCUGGCAAGGGUGGCCGCAUACACCCUCAAUCUCGCCCGUACCAACGCCGCCCAAUCUCUCAGCCUCGCCCGCUCGCUGGCGAAGACCAGCGAAACUCCGCUUAAGCAAUGCUACUCCGCCUGCUCCGUUAACUACGACGAGGCCGUCGGCGAAAUUGAGCAAGCCCAAAACUACUUGGCCGUCGGCGACUAUAACGGCGUCAACGUGGAGGCUUCCGCCGUCAUGACGGAGGUUGGCGAAUGCGAUGGUACCUUCAGGAACCCGCCGGCGGACACGUCAUCGCUUACGAAGAACGGCAAGACUCUGGAAGAUUUAUGUAGCAUUAUUUUGGUUAUUUCCAAUCUUCUCCCCACAUCCAUGUAG